AUGCUCAUCACUGUGUCUAAACUAAAACUCUCUUCUCUUUGUGGGUGUUCAUCUCCAUCCUCUUCAACCACUUCUUUGAUUCCUUCUCUUACCCAUCUCUCAUCAUCUCCUCCUCCUCCUCCAAUGUCCCCGAAGUUGUUCAGACCAAUACCGCCGUGUCACCAUCUCCUCCACCGCAUCCUCAUCUCAAGAUCUCCCCUCCACCUCUUCCACCGACGAUGGUGUGGACAUGAAUCAUCGACGAGAAUGGAACCUAUGUCAGAUUCCUUGAGAUCGGAGGGUUCGAUCCUGAAACCAUCGAUGAGAUCAAGACUGGGAACUCUUCAUCGGAAGAAGAAGCCGGAGUCUCGAAAGUUCUGUUUCGCAUUGAGAAGUUCAGUGUGUGUGACAAGAGGAAGACAGAUCACAUUCCAUGCUUAG